UGUGGAAAUCCUCACGUGGCAUCGGUUUGGCUGGGUACGUGGCAUCUGGUACGAAGACCUUGUAAAACCAGAACCCUGGCUGGAUUUGGCGCAGAAUAUGGUUGCGAAAUUUUCUUCGACUUCAGACGGUUCGACAACAACAUCAGGAUCAGAUGGAUCAGGACUCUACCUUAGCGACAGCGAUCACGUGAAAUUGUGGCGAGAGAUUCAUCGGGAAACGGCAACACGGGUGUUUGACCAGCAUCAAUCGAGGGUGCAAGUGUACUAUGCAGCGCGGCGUGAGAAGUACAUGAUAAACAAGGUAAAUAGCCUCGAGGACGCAGUAGAGCAGGACUCAGGCGCAGGGAACGAGUUUCCAGAGCAGGAACAAGCUCCUCAAUUGCCUUUCCUCCCAAAUCGUCGAACUUUGCAGCUGCGUUUGGAGCACAUUUUUCUCCUGCAGUAUAUCGAUCAUUUUCUUCGCGGAAGCAACUUCAUACGAGGACGCCACGUGUUGUACUUUUCCUUCGCGUUUGGGGACUUCGCUAGCGCUGGAGCGGCAAGGUCGUUUCUGCAUCAUCUGAUGAAGAGUGGCGUGACACAUUACAUCAUGAUCUUCGAGGCACCUUAUACCGCAGAUUUGCGCGACUCAUUGGAUGUGCCGUUAGAACCAGUUCCAGGGUACAACGAGUGUCGGCGAAUUCAGAAGCGGUUGCGUGAUGAGAGGAGUAUGGCAACAUGAUGUAGUAUUUGAUACUGUCACAUGAAAGCGACUGAUACUAUGCUUCUUUCUACUUUGUUGGCAGGAUUUUCGUAAAGACCCUCAAGCUUUGAUUCUUUUGAUAACGUUCCUUCUUUUUAUCCCUAUUUCUUGCCCCUCACCCACUAUCCGUCCCUCUCUUCCUUCACUCCUGAAGCUGGCGGAACGCAGUCAAGCCUGAACCUGCUCUGCUUGACUUUGUCGCUUGACAAUUCGUCGUGGAUGCCCAUUGACAAUGCAAUGAUGGGCAAGAAUUUGCCUGCGUUGUUGCUGAUGCGACUAGGUAUUUUUUCGCUACUUUUCUUUUUAGAGUGCACGACACAUGAUCGAUAUGGACUGAUGGUGUCGUGUGCCGGACACUUUCUACUUCUACUUUGUUGCGUCCAAUUUCCUUUACUUCAAAUUCGAAAAUUAAACCCCAAUCAUCGUUCCAAUCUCCGCGGCCAGGCGUCGAUUUUGUUGUCACGGACAUGGAUAUUCUUUACUUGCGUGAUCCUACAGUCUACUUGCUACGAGCGGCGUAUGGGACGUUGGGAGUUGACUGGGGACACACGAUCCGCGGUGGCGUCUAUGCCGAUCCGGACUAUGCGCAAUCUCUAGACCUGUUUUUAGCGGUGGAGAGCUCUCACGGACUAGCGAAUCACGACGAGCGAGUGCUUGCACAGUGGAAAGCCUUGGACCAGCAGCAGCAGGAGUUUUCCAGCACUUCCAAAAAAACGUCAAUGACUUCUUCAGGUAAAACUAAAAGUCCGAACAUCUUCAAUGGACCUAUGUUCAAGGACCCGAGUUUCCCCUAUGCGAGCGAUUUCGUCAUUAGCGAGCACUGGGAGUCGGCUAGUGUGAAUAACGGAUUCUUCCUUGUCCGAAGCAGCCGCAAAUCGAUCACCACGAUGCUGCAUUACCUUCGAUGGAUGCAUCACUUGCCAUUUGGACACGAUCAGAACGGGUUCGACGCCUGGGUCUGCUACGUCGAAAAGGAUGAGCCAUGCACAGCUAGUCUAUCGGGAAACCGAAAUCGGACGCUCUCAGGACUUGGGAAUGUCGCACGUUCUACCUCAACAUCAUCCUAUCCUUCCUCCUCUGCCAGUUCCUUUUCGAAGAAACGCGCACCGUCCUUCUCUCGAACGUGUCCGCAGGUGUUUAGCUUGAGUCAGAAUCUCUUUGCUUCUGGAUCGGGCUUUAUUGGUGAUACAGAGGUGUUUACGCCAUACAUCUUCCACUUGACGGGAACGAAUUUGCCACGAAAAAUCAAGAGGAUUAGCACGCUGUUAUCGUCGACUGCUGAUCCCAACGAGCCAGUGAACGCUAACUGGCGUCCGUUUUUGAAUUAUGCUUGUCGUCUUUGAAGCUGAAGAAUUUGAAUCAAAAGGUUCUAAUAGAUACAUAGUACACACUCGUCAAUGUAAUAUGAGAUAUUCUUCUUCAUCCGAAUCAUUUUCACAAUUGCUCUAUCACACUGACCACAACCGUAUUUAAAUUUCUAAUGGCAAGAAGUGGAGCAGCACACCGCCAAUACAUUACACGGAAAAUUUACGCCCGAAGCAGAGAGGAUACGAUAUGCACCCAUGCGGACAGUUUUAUUGCAUGAUAAUGCUGACGGUCCAACCUCAGCUGGUCUUACUUUCCUCGCCACCAAACAAAUCCGGCGCCUCCUUCACGAGCUUCUCUUUUCCGACUCUGCUGGUAGUCUUUUACCAAAGAAGUCGGCGAAAAUGACAGCGUUAAGGCAGGGCUGGGAAAACUGCAGGAAUGUUCAGGGCUUUGACACCAGCGAGACUGCGAAUUCAGGACCACGACUACCAAGUAUUACUGGAGGGCUUCAGUGAUGCUUACAUAUUUAUAAAUAUAUAUGGCAUCGUUGUAUCUCUACGGGCACUACUAACAGUGUCAUCAGGGAUCAACACAUACAUAGUAGUAGUACUGCGUUGUCAUUGCCAUAUUGUGUAGACCCAUGUGAAUGACGAGAAAAGAAGGGAGUAGGAGCCGGAGGUUUUCUCGACAACGUCUUCUCUAUCACAGUUUUCUGCGCAACAGGUUUCGUGUGUGAAUCUUAGAUGUAACGGGGGUUAUUGUUGUGCAAGAAUCUGCAGAAAAAAUGCAUGCGUGACAAACAAAUUCGUGAUUGACGGAAAAGGGGAUUUGCUAUCUCUGUUUUGAGAAUUUUCAGCUGAUCUGGACAUUUCGAUAUUUCUUAGGUGUCCAUCAGUAGGAGCAUCGUGUAGUAAAUACUUCAACUUCCAUGACAUGAUGUUUAUGCAAUUACUUUUUUAUUUUUUUAGAUACGUAUCUGACUGCGGCAGUAUAUUACUUGCUGUUCAGUUUCCUUUGCUCCCGGCCUCCUUUUCACAUCCGCGGCGCCCUUGUAUCUCCAUCAGAAUCAUGGAAAUUGACCGCCUCCUGGUCCUUCGCAGCCAUUACGUAUGUUCUUCCUUUCAACGAGCACAAUGUUGUUCAGCAUCAUGCAAUGAUUCAUAAAAUACAUGCCAAUAUCAACAACUUGUUCCUGAUGAUCAUAUCAACACUGCGGUUUCUGACGCUAUCGUCCUUAGAAGCAAGUGCUCAUUCAUUAUCAUUCUUCAUCUACAUUUUUUGUUCUUCAUCAUCACAGCAUAAUCGCUAUCGCUUCACUUCUUCAAUCAUCCAGAUUUACCUGAUGAUUGCCACAUGGAGGUAACGUUGCGGAUUGAUGGGAAAACUGUCCUGUUCAUUUUCAUCUUAACAUUUAAUCAGCAGACGAGGGUUUUAGUUUUCCAAUCUAUUCUUGAAGACAAGCGGACAA